AUGGAAAUCACAAAGGCAAGAAUGAUUGGAGCCGGUUCCAUGGGAGGAGGAAUGACACUUCUCCUCGCUGAAAAGGGAAUCUCAGUUUCUAUUCAAGACCCCUCCUCUUCCACCGUUGAUUCCCUCAUCCAAUCUGCCAAAAACCAAAAUAUCACUUCUGGAACUCUAUCCAAACAUACUGAAUACAAAUCUCUUUGCGAUUCCCUCUCUUCUCCAAAAGUAAUAUUCUUUUCCCUACCACAUGGAACGGUAGGGGAUACUGUCGUCGAGGGACUUCAUCCAUAUCUAGAGAAAGGAGAUAUAAUAAUCGAUUGCUCGAAUGAAAAUUGGAAUAACACACAACGGAGACAGGGAAAAUUGGUCGCACAAGGUGUGUAUUAUAUCGGAUGUGGUGUAUCGGGAGGUUACCAAGCUGCCCGACGAGGACCAAGUAUGUGUCCAGGAGGUCAAGAACAAGCUUUAAACAUCGUCAUGCCUUUACUGGAAAAAAUGGCUGCGAAAGCAAAGGAUGGAUCACCGUGUGUAGCGAGAAUUGGAGAAGGUGGUGCGGGACAUUAUGUGAAGAUGAUUCAUAAUGGAAUUGAGCAUGGAAUGAUGAGUGCGAUUAGCGAAGCGUGGACUUUUAUGAAUAAACAUCUAGGAAUGAGAUAUGAUGAUAUUGGGAAGGUAUUUGAGAAGUGGUCUGCUCAAGGGGAAUUGAAAAACACCUUCCUCGUAAAAAUCGGCGCAGAUAUUUGCGAACAAAAAGAUAAAUCCGGAAACCACGUCCUAGCAGAUGUUCAAGACAAAGUUGUCCAAGAUAUUGAUGGAUCAGAAGGAACCGGCAUCUGGUCCAACACUCAAGCCACUUCUCUUCACGUGCCAGCCCCAACUCUCUCCACUGCCCACUAUCUCCGCAUCGUAUCAGCCUAUCGUGGACAUAGACAACAGGUCAACGAAGCAUUCCAUGAUUCAUUCAAACCCUCAAAGAUCACAGAUAAGAAUGAGCAGGAGAAAGAAAGUAUCAUAGAGGAUUUAAGAAAAGCAGUUUAUACAACCUGUCUAGCAUCUUAUGUCCAAGGCAUGAGUAUCAUUGAUAAAGCCAACCGUCAGAAUAAGUGGAACAUCGACUAUAGCAAUAUCGUCAAGAUCUGGCGCGCGGGCUGUAUCAUUCAAAGCGACCACAUUUCUUCUCUCCUCUCUCAAAUCUACACUUCUUCCUCCUCUUCCACCAAAUCAGAAACCCCAGACCUUCUCUACGCCUCUCCCAUCGUCUCCGAACUAACCUCCGGAUUUGAACCCCUUAAGCGCAUCGUACUCAAAAGCGUAGAGUACAAUGCCAUCACGCCGAGUAUCUCAGCUACACUGGAGUAUCUCAAGUAUAGCGGGAACAUGGAAUUGCCGACGCAGUUCUACGAGGCGGAGUUGGAUUAUUUUGGGAAACACAUGUUUGAUAGUAAGAAGCUGGACGACGAGGUGGGGGAACCGGAGACUGGGAAGAGACAUUUUGAGUGGAAGAAAGCUUAG